GAGGGGCUCCUUGGUUGCACAAGGUUGCAAACACACACACACUUUUGUGGGACCGAAGAGUGGCGAGAGGAAGGAAGGAAGGAAGGAAGGAAGGAAGGAAGGAAGGAAGGAAGGAAGGAAGGAAGGAAGGAAGGAAGGAAGGAAGGAAGGAAAGAAAGAAAGAAACAAACAAGGAAAGAAAGAAACAAGGAAAGAAAGAAACAAGGAAAGAAAGAGGGAAAGGAGCAAUCUUUGGAGUCAUGCUUGUCAUGAAGAGAAACAAUUCAACAUCUAGUGGAUAUUGAAGAAUUUGGAAUUCAAAGGUGGAGUAAGGAAACCAGUCCUAUAGGAAGAAGAAACGAUCUCAAGGUUCUGAUCUUGCUGAAGUCUUCACCUCACACAUAGUUCAGAAAGGGAAAAAUGAGUCAAGUGUCUAUGUUGCAUUUUAAAGUAAAUAUCACUACCAACAUGGAGAAGAAGGCAUAUGAAUGUACUGAGUGUGGAAAGAGCUUUAAUCAGCAGAGACCUCUGCGGAUACAUGAAAGAACUCACACUGGUGAGAAACCCUACACAUGUCAGGAAUGUGGAAAGAGCUUCACUCAGAGUGGAACUCUGCAUUCACAUCAGAGAACUCACACUGGGGAGAAACCCUAUAAAUGCCUGGAGUGUGGAAAGAAUUUUGCUCACGGUGGAGAUCUACGUUCACAUCAGAGAACUCACACUGGGGAGAAACCCUACACGUGCCUGGAAUGUGGAAAGAGCUUCACUCACAGGACGAAUCUAUAUGCACAUCAAAGAGUUCACACUGGGGAAAAACCCUUUAAAUGCCUAGAGUGUGGAAAGAGCUUUGCCUGCAGUGGAGAUCUACAUAAUCAUCACCGAACUCACACUGGGGAAAAACCCUACUCAUGCCUGGAGUGUGGAAAGAGCUUCACUCACAAUACGAAUCUAUAUGCACAUAAAAGAGUUCACACUGGGGAAAAACCCUACGCAUGCCUGGAGUGUGGAAAGAGCUUCACUCACAGUACAAAUCUAUAUGCACAUCAAAGAGUUCACACUGGGGAAAAACCCUACACAUGCCUAGAGUGUGGAAAGAGCUUUGCCAGCCGUGGAGAACUCCAUAAACAUCACAGAACUCACACUGGGGAGAAACCCUAUACAUGCCUGGAAUGUGGAAAGAGCUUCACUCAAAGUUCAAAUCUAAAUAUACAUCGAAGAGUUCACACUGGAGAGAAACCCUAUGAAUGCCUGGUUUGUGGAAAGAGCUUUGCCUGCAGUGGAGAGCUACAUGAACAUCACAGAAUUCACACUGGGGAGAAACCUUAUAAAUGCCUGGAGUGUGGAAAGAGCUUUGCUCAGAGUGGAACACUAAGUCGACAUCGAAGAACUCACACUGGGGAGAAACCCUAUAAAUGCCUGGAGUGUGGAAAGAGCUUCUCUUACAAUGGAGACCUAUGUAAACAUAAAAGAAUUCACACUGGGGAGAAACCCUUGCAAUGCUUGGAGUGUGGAAAGAGCUUUGCUGACCGUGGGUAUCUACGUAAGCAUUAUAGAACCCACACUGGGGAGAAACCCUAUAAAUGCCUGGAGUGUGGAAAGAGUUUUACUUCCAGUGGGUAUCUACGCAAACAUAACAGAAUCCAUACUGGGGAGAAACUCUAUACAGACAGUACCCUGUGAUAAUUCGAUUUUGAAAAAAAAGAAGUCUUGUUGUAGAAACAAGGGUUGGGGAUAAAACUUCAGUGAAAACCCUGUGAGUGAAUUUUCUUUCCCAGUAAUAAAUUUCUCUCACUUCCUGUUGUCUCAA